UGACGUCACGGUGCAAGAUGGUCGUUGGUAUCGGAAAUGGAGUAGCGUAGAGGCUGGGCGGUAGGAACGAACUGUAGGUGUGUCAGUAGUCAGUACUCGGCUUCACCGCGAUAAUGCCAUCGAAAUGCCGAUCGUCGUCGUCGCACGCUGACUCGCGGCUCGCGUAUUGCUCGUACGUAAGACCGGGAUCGUUCCGUCGGCCGAGUCUCGGAUGGUGAUAUGAUUAUUCGCGAAAUAGUUGGCGAGGCGAUUCGGAGCGGUGUGUCCCGACCCUGUCUGGCUACGUGAACCUCGUUUUCUGGGACUAGCAAUAACAAGUUUCCUCCUGAUCUCCCGGUACGUGAAACAUCCGACUCGCAACUUACAACCUACGACCUACAACCUACAAUUUACAACCUACUCGUGUGCGAUCGGUGAUAUGUACACGCGGUAGUUCGAAGCAGAUACGGUGAGAUCCUGCAUCUGAAUGAAAUCCAAGUGUGAAUCAGUAAAGAGAAGGUGAUCAGUCCAGUGAUAUCAGAGUUCAUCGAUGAAAGUCGGACUGUCGGGUGACCGCUGCUGAUCUCAAGAGAGGAUCGGGAGAGGAUCAAGCCGAUCGCGGUCGAAAGUGAAGUGUGCACAUCGUGCAGGGGUGUCCAUCUCAGUGAUCGAAGAUCCGAAUCUGAUAUGGAUAAACGCGUGUACGUAUAAGGAAUCCGACGGUACGUUCGAUAUCGUGUGCACGUCGUGCAUCCGAUCUGUCAAACUGGACCGUGUUGUGGUUUCCGUUCGAUCCGCUAUAUCGGUCAGCCGCGAAAUAGUCGGGCAUCGGGCCGUUUACCCUUCGCAGUUGUUGACGCCGUGGACAGGAACACACGAUCGAUCAAUCUCAAGGGAACGUAGUAUCCUAACUCGCGUCGACUUUGCUUCCAUCGCUGCUGCUGCGAGUUGCGAGUGCCGUACGCGAUUCCGUGUAUGCGUGUCUACACGUACAUCGUACCUAUAUCGAUUGAUCCCUUUCCGUAAACAAUAGCUCGGUCACUGAGAAUGUAUCGUGCGACGCUCGAAACGAGACAUGAGUUUCAAUCACAGUGAGAAAGUAGCAGCUCGUGUCUGCUCGAGUGAUGUUGAACUUGGAACUUAUUCGAGCGACGAUUCCACCGCGCCGCGCCGGUAGCUAGGUAGACAGUAGACACUGGGUACAUGUGUACUGAGUUAACGGUUAACUGAAGAGGGAAAAUCGCUGUUCGAGCUUCUCUCGUCGCUUCUCAAUCGGGAAGGCAGGUUAGUCGUUAUUAUAUAGUUCUAUAGGAACCAAGGUAUCUGUUCGGCGACCGGGUGAAGCGGUCGAUCGUUCGCGCUCGAGAGGAACACGGAAGAUUCCGGCGUGUGAAUGUUGUUGGUGCAGUUCAGGCGAAGGAAAGAGACAAACAUCUACUUCAGCUAGCAUAAGAAGAGGAAGAGAGGGCAAGCUACUGGCUGAAAAAUGACUAACUGAAAAAGCUUGGAACUUGAGAGGUAUACACGUAUACGUUACCAGGCGUACAGUCGAAUACAUACUUAUAUCGGUAUCGAAAGCGGUGGGUUUCGUUGUCACUGCCGCGCACGCGAGUGUCCACGUUACCGUGCAUGUAUGUACGCGCGCGUGUUGCGCGUGUAUGCUCUCCUCGUAAUUUCAUUUGCGUGUCGUAUUCGAAGUGAAGUUUCUGUGUAACCGGCCGAAAGGGUGACCGAUAGAAAGAUUGCGCGCGCGCGACAGGUAGGGCGAGAGAGAAAGAGCCGAGCGAGGAAGCAAGAGAAGUAAGAGUUUGGAUAACGCAAAAUGUGGAAUAUGAUGUGCGAGGUGAUGCCGCCUAUCCCGGAGGACAGUAUCAGCCAGCGGAAUUCGCAAUACUCCGGCGAUGAUUCGAACUUCGAGCAGCUGAUGGUGUCCAUGCUCGAUGAGCGGGACAAGCUUAUGGAGUCGUUGCAUGAGACCCAGGAACGGCUACAAGAAACCGAGUCAAGGCUGCAGGAGGUCGAGAAGGAGCGGGAUUCGCUUAAUCGUCAGCUGAACGCGAACAUUCCUCAGGACUUCUCGCAGCUGACGAAGGAACUCGCGGCGGCACGCGAAAAUAUCUUAGAGAGGGAAGAGGAAAUAUCGGAACUGAAAGCCGAGAGGAAUAAUACUCGUCUUCUACUCGAACAUCUGGAAUGUCUGGUCUCGCGGCACGAGCGAUCGCUCAGGAUGACUGUGGUUAAGAGGCAAGCGGCCGCGCAAUCUGGAGUAUCGUCCGAAGUUGAAGUGCUGAAAGCUCUGAAAAGUCUUUUCGAGCAUCACAAGGCUUUGGAUGAGAAAGUACGAGAGCGGCUGCGAGUCGCGUUGGAAAGAAACACGAGUUUGGAAGAAGAGCUAGCCAUUACCAAAGAAGAGCUUCAGCAAUAUAAAUUGAGCGGGCACAAAGCUGUAGAGGACAGGCCAAAAGAGAACGGGCAAACGGAGGAUGGCCAGCAGCAGAACAAGAAUGAAACUGAGCAGGCGGCAGGCCAGCAGGAACAACUGCAGCAGCAACAGCAGCAACAGCAACAGCAGCAGCAGCAGCAGCUACAGCUACAACAGCAACAGCAAGGGGUACAAAAGCUAGGUACGGAGAGGCCGACCGAGAUCGGGAGUAGACUCAGCAAUGGGAGCCUCGAUCCGGCCGAUCAGGAUUCAACAGCACGAUUAAUAGAUUUACAAACCACUCUCGACAAACAGAGCUCAGAGUUGAGCACGUGGCAACGACGAGUAGCCGAAAUGAGCGGUCGAGUGACGGAAAUGGAGGAGAGCUUGUCCAAGGCUCAGAAAGAUCUGUUGAAGACCCAAGAGGCGAACGUCAAACUCCAAAGAGAUUUGCGCGAGAACCUUGCUCAAAAAGAGGACCAAGAAGAGAGGAUAGCUACUCUUGAAAAGCGAUAUCUGAACGCUCAACGAGAGUCCACUAGUUUGCAUGAUCUAAACGAGAAGCUGGAACAGGAGCUGCAACACAAGAAGGCUCAAUUAAAGCUCCAAGAAGAGAAAAUUGCAGCGAUACAGGAGAAAUUAGAGCUCGCGGAACAGAAAUUAGCCCAAUACGCGAAAUUACCAGAAAUGGAAGAGCAAUUGAAGCAGAGGAUGGAGGCUCUGACGCAGGUGAGGAGGCCCAACCAGCAGGCUCAAGAAAGGCACGGCAGCGCUGAGGAUAGAAUACAACGAUUGGAAGCGCAACUCGAGGAAAAGAACGCGGAAGUAAUGCGUGUAAAUCAACGACUCAAAAUGAACGAGGAACAUAACACGCGACUAAGUACAACCGUUGAUAAACUUCUAUCGGAAUCGAACGAUCGACUACAAGUACAUUUGAAAGAAAGAAUGCACGCGUUGGAAGAGAAGAACGCGCUUACGCAGGAACUCGAGAAAACGAGAAAGCUCGCAGAGGAUCUACAAAAUGAGAAGGCCGAGAUAGUUAAGGAAUUAGGAAAAGCUCGUUUAGAAAUCGAUAGCGUUAAGAGACAGAUGCUCCAACAGGAGAUAGCGUUUAAUAUUCAACAAACCGAUGCAUUGACUAGAAGUUUGUCACCGAAUGCUGUGGAUCCGGGUUCCUUUUCGAGGAGCGCGAGUCACAGUAGCUUCGACACUCAUUCCCUAUCGAGGAGAGCGGCCAAAAGAACUACGAUCGAGGAAGAUUCAACGAAAAAUUACGUAGCGCGCAACUUAGCGGAACAGGAAUGGAAGUUGCAACAGGCACAUGUUCUCGCGAACGUGCAACAGGCGUUCGACGUUUCCAGCGAUGCGGAAGGCGACGGCGAUAACGAGAGCUUAUUCAGUUGCACAGCCGAUGUGAUCAGUCCUACAGGACACACGGACGCUCAAACGUUAGCGUUAAUGUUACAAGAACAAUUAGAUGCUAUUAACAAUGAAAUUAGACUGAUCCAGGAAGAAAAACAAAGUACGGAGGCGCGUGCCGAGGAGUUGGAGUCCCGAGUUGGCAGUCUCGAGCACAUGAAUCUGUUAGCGAGAGGACGAAGUCUCGAACGAGCAUCGCCACCGUUGAGCGGUCGAUCCACGCCAAAGUCGCAUCACAGUCCUAACAGGGAUUACUUACACAAAUAUCACACCGCACCAGCGUCGAUGUCGCCGGCACAUCUUCAUCAGUAUGCCGCCUCUUUAGCUAGCCCGGGUCAACUAUCGGAAUCUCUUCCUGCCAGCCAGCUACAGUUGUCGGGCGAGGAAUUGCACUCGGUGAGCGAAAGGGAUAGCACUGGUGGUGCAGGAAGUGGUGGCAGCGAUGCAGCUUCUCCGUUGACCACGCGAUCUAUCAGGCUAGAACGAGUAGCACAGGCACUUGCUCUCAGUCAAGAGGAACUUAGAAGACGCACCGGACAAAUCGGAUUUCCCAGCAGUGGUUUUCCUGCUCACAGCAGGCAUGGGCAGCAUAACAACGGCGCACUCAAUUCUGGGACUCCUCCUUCUCCAUUGUCCUCGCGACAUAGCAGCCAGGACAGUUUGCAUAAAAACAACUUAUCCAGUGUCGGACUGCCGAUCGGCCCGCUAUCGAGCUCGCAUUUGCACAUGCAAUCGACGAUGAGCCCGGCGACGGCCGCGGCGGUGGCCGCGGCGCAAAAGAAAAAGGGCAUCAAGAGCAGCCUUGGGAGAUUUUUCAGUAAAAAGGAGAAGAUCAAAGGAAAGGAUACGCCGAUGCCCGGAGACAUGAUGACCAUGGGAGGAGCGAGUACACCUGCGGAUCCUGAUUACGGGGACAGCGUUUCCGUAGCCGGUACUAUGGGUAGUAAGAGCGAUUUCGAUCGUAGAACAAAGAAGAGUCCAAGUAUGUUUGGUAGUAUGUUAGAUUCUUCGCGGCACGAACUCCUGGCUGAGGCGAUGAAGGCUGGAACACCGUUCGCCUUAUGGAACGGACCGACCGUCGUAGCUUGGCUCGAGCUCUGGGUGGGAAUGCCGACAUGGUACGUUGCAGCCUGCCGAGCGAACGUGAAAAGCGGUGCCAUAAUGAGUGCUCUUAGCGAUACCGAGAUCCAACGCGAGAUCGGCAUUAGUAACCCUUUGCAUCGAUUGAAACUACGAUUAGCUAUACAAGAAAUGGUAUCGCUGACGAGCCCAUCAGCACCGAAAACCUCUCGCACAACUUUAGCAUUCGGAGAUAUGAACCACGAAUGGAUCGGUAACGUUUGGCUGCCGAGUCUCGGCUUGCCACAAUAUCGAUCCACUUUCAUGGAGUGCCUUGUGGACGCUAGGAUGUUGGAUCACCUCACGAAGAAGGACCUCCGCGGUCAACUUAGAAUGGUUGAUAGUUUUCACAGAACAAGUUUGCAAUACGGGAUUUCGUGUUUGAAGCGUCUAAAUUACGAUAGACAACAAUUAGAAGAGAGAAGGCGCAUGGCCGAAGGUGCCAAUGUCGACGUCCUCGUUUGGAGUAACGAUCGCGUUAUAAGAUGGGUGCAAGCUAUCGGCCUGAAAGAAUACGGGAACAACCUGUUGGAAUCUGGAGUACACGGUGCUCUUAUAGCCCUCGACGAAAGUUUCGAUGCAAAUAGUUUUGCUUUAACCCUACAAAUUCCAACCCAAAACACACAAGCCCGACAAUUAUUAGAGGUGGAAUUUGCCAAUUUGUUAACGGUAGGAACAGAGAGGCGACUCGAUGAAGCAAAUAGUAUGAAAUCCUGAUCCAACUUUUCCAGCAGGCUGCCACAUCUACAACCACAUCACGUCUAGUCCAAACCCCAGCUAUUACUCUCUGUACGCAAGUGUGUUGUAAAAGUUGUAAGAGCUUUAAAUAUCAUUCUAAGGGUAUCUUCAUACUAUUAAGAAACGUCGUAACACGCAGUGGUAUGAAAACGAACGAUCUCGACGCGAAGUGUUAAUAAAAAGAGAAAGAAACGAAACGAAAGGCUGAUUUAUCGUAUGUUCAAACGUUUUAUCAAGCCUUACGUAAAACUAUACGUUCCAUAGGCCGCGUGUUACGCUUCCUUUCCCCACAAAGGAUAGUAAAUGAUAAAUAAUUCUGUGAAUCGAUACCACUACUCUCUGAUAGAUACUGAAAUGUAGCGAGCGGUCAAGGUAUCACGAAAUAUGUAUAUAUUUUUUCCUCGAAAGCCAAAGAGAGAAUCAUCAGUUAUAUGUAAUUACACGACAAUAAUUCUGUCUAAUUUUUAUCUUGAUUUCGUAAAUCGUAGUUCUCGAAAUAAUCGAUUUUCCGCGUUAGAAGUAACUCGUAAAUAUUAUUCAUGGCUCGCGCGAUCGCGUAAUUUCUUAUACGUACUUAUACUAUGUGAAGCAAAUAGUUGAGACGAACUAUCUAUUUUGAUAAAUAUCACUUACCGCACAAAAUAAAGAAAAAGAGAUCCUAAAAUGAUGUUAGUGCCAUCGCUCUCGAGGAAACUAUUUAUGUACAAGGAAAAGACUGCGUUCUAUAUUUCUGCAUCUAUAAGACGGUGACCUAAUAAGCCAUAUAUAUAAAUAUAUAUAUGUACAUAUAUAUAUUUAUAUUACUUUGCACAGGAGGAGCGGAAGAAUACCUGUUCUUCUCUGUUAUUUCGAUGAAUUUUAAAUGUUUGUAGAUCACGUAUAAACACAUGAAGUAUAUAUAUUUAAAUAUACAUUCUUAAAUAUAUAUAUUUAAAGAACUACACCGAAGCAACUAUCGUAAUUAGAAGAGAAUGAUUGGACAGACAACCGGUUGCACGAACAGUGUGAACAGGAAGGAUGCUCGCUUUUUAUUCAACGUGGAAAUAUAAGGAGACGGACAUUUUAUACCAAAAUAAUCGCGCAAUGUAUAAGUAUAUAUGUACGAAGUGGUUAGUAAGUGUUUGUAAAAUUAAAGGAACUUUGUACUUUAAAUUGAGACGACUGGAUUUCUAUCGAUCGGUCGCGUGAUUUAACGUAACGUAACUUCAUUACUCAUUCAUUAACUUCGUUCGAUUAGAAUAAAAGUAAAAUCGUUUUUCCAUUCCGCUCUCUAGCAUUUCUAGUUCGUUCGAUGAAAGGGAAUAGUUCAUGUCGAUUGUUCAAGUUUGUUGUAAGUACAAUACUUCUUAGUCUCUAAUCUUCAUUCAAAGUUCCGGAGACGAUUAUUGUUAGGCUCGAUCGGUAGUAAAGAGAAUAAGGAAACGGCUAAAAGGAGGGAUAGGAACUACAAUGGCCGUAAAUGUUGCUAACGAUCGGUGACGAUGUUGCUGAAGACAAUGAUUACGUUGAUAAUUACUAUAAUUACCCAUUACAAAGUGUUACAAACAAAGUUGAGGACGUGACGAAAGACUGAGACUACGAUACAGCGAUUGUAAAUGACAUUAAGAGAGAGAGAGAGAGAGAGAGAGAAUCUGGUCAUUUGAAAUAAGAGACGAUACAAUAAUGAUAAUAAGUUAUAAUGGAAUGUUGUUAAUGUUGUUAAUACUUGAGGAAUCAUUGUUGUUGAUGUUUGUUUCCCUGUGAAGUACCCUCUGCAAGCUGUUCAUUCGUUAUAUAGCUCCAUCGCUCUGCAAAUGACCUUCCGAACGGGCGCAAACGUACCAAAUAAUUUCUACCAAAGACAUCGCGAGCAUUGCGUUACGAAGAUUUUUCCGAUCGUGAUCGCAAUGCAUAUAAGAAUGUAACGUUGGCAAAUCUCGAGAUAAAUAUAAAUACGCGUUAGGAAGAUGAAAAUAUCUCUUACCCUUGUAAAGAUUGCAAUUGUACAGUUUUCAUCGUUCGGCGUUGGAACAUUGCUUUUUCGUUCUAUUCCUUUUUCGUUACCUAUUUCUUUUUCGUUUGUCUAAGUGCCACCGAUCAGUUGAAAUGUUUCUAGAUAAUCAGAAAGACUCGCUAAGCCAAAGCAACGUUACGCUACCUCAAUACUGAGACACGGUGGUACGCUUGUUUCUUUCGUAUAAAUACUUUGAGGCGACCGGUCCUAUCAUUUUCUUUUUAAUCGUUACUAUCAUACAUUAUUAAGUCCGAGUUAAUUAGAACCGAAGAUAAUUGGCAUAGCACAAGUGUUUGAUCGAUGACUAGAAAAUAAAAAAAAAACUACGCCUUGAUGAGUUGAAGCUGCACGCGCUUUGAGCAAAUAUCGAACCGUAGAGGAGGAGCUACUAUGCUUGAGGUGAAGCGUUUCUAUACGUACAAUAGCGUACCGUUCUCACUUCUAAUUGUAAUACUACCUACGAUAGUACUUUGAUUGUACAGAACUAAUUUGUACAAAGCUGAAUAGUUAUACAAAGCCGAUUCACUUUGUCAAACAGAAUGGCCGUCUCUCCCUUUCGGAAGUGUCUGCAGUAUGUGUAAAUGACUGAACUUAUUUUUAAUGUACGCUAGUUAAUAGUGUCUAAUGGACAUUCCAAUAAGAAAACAAAUAAUGAUGAUGAUAAUGAUGAUGAUAAAGAAAAGGAGGAAGAAAAAGGAGAAGAAGAAGAAAAUGAAACGAGAAAAGAAAACAAACCUUCCAAAAAGAAUAGCCACAUUCAUAAUCGCAUACAUAUAAUAUGUAAAUCAUCGAUUCGAUAUGUAGCAGCUUCGCCGCCUUCUACGUAUUCAACUAUAAAUACAUAAAUAGAUAUAUAUGAAUGAAAAAUACAAGUUUUGCCUGAAUCCGACCGCUCGGUAUCGAAUAGAGCUUCAAUAACUAGAAUUAAUAGCGAUUGUACUGAUAUGCGUCAUGUUUUUACCAACAAUAAUGUAACGAUCAAUUGCUUGAACUUACAACUCUGUGGUCUACUAUCAUUUUAAAGUAAAAGUUUCAAAUCAAUAUGCCGGGUUUUAAGUUGUAAGUAUACACGUAAUGAAGAACGCAGUUUUUAUUUAUUUACCGUAACGAUAAUAAUGCGUAAAGAGUGUUACUGGUAAAAACAUCCACGUAAACGUGUAAUACUGUGAUGUAAUAGUCUUGUAGCGUGUGUUUCGUUCAAUUGUUUGAUACGCUCGAUUCGACCGAACUGGCGGAAGAACAAGCUCGAAAAUUCUGGAUUUUUGUACUCGAAUCCAUUCGUGCGUGUUUAUGAAACAAUUGCUAGUUAUUGUACAUAUGUAUGUGUGUGCGUGAGCGUGUUCCGUGUAUAUAUCUUUCUCCAUGUAUGUACAUAUAUACGAAUUAUUUAUUAACUACCCUAUAAUCGUACUAUCGAAAGGUUUCAUCGCAAGCCCGAUGCAGUUUUAAACGCAGUUACGACCCCGGUAUAGUUUGAACAAAUGUUGAUACAUCUUCUGAAUGAGUAUCGCGUGUAACAAGUUUCGUUACAGGACACACGAAUCGCAUCCGGAAUAAAAAAAAGUUCGUUCGGAAGCGAAGAGGCGAUUCUUUUUCAAGUCGCUCAAAUUUCGAAUUAUCGGGGCGAUCUUUAAAAACGCGAGGCACAGAGUCUGUCGGAAUCAUUCGCUACAGAAUAAAUAAUAUAUAUGAUAAAAGACUUAAUUAAAGAUGUUCGAGGCGUGUAAAAUAUAAUUUAUUUUGUGCGCGAUGAUUCUAUACAACGAAUGCCUAAAUUCCAUACCAUCGCGAUCAAAACGUACCAUGUACACAGAACUACAUUUUUUUAAUCUGAUUGUUUUACGGCCUGCGUCAUCGGGCCGCUCGUGCCAGCAGCAUAAAGAGAAAAUCAACAGUUGUAUAAUUACUAAAAGUAUUUCUAAAUGUGAAGUAGUAUGAGACUACACAUACAUAUACGUACGUAUAUAUACAAUUGUAUGUAUGUGUAGCGUAAUACACAGUGCACAAAUAUACAUAUAUAAACUAUAAACGAAUUUUGAAAUGAUUGUCCGCUCACAGGGCUUGGCGAGAGAGAGAUGUUCAGUUAAACUCGGUCAAGUUUCUACGCGAUUUGUACUUAUUCGUUGAGUAUGAAAUUUUGAUAGCCACUUUGAAAUUGAUGCGUUUAUAUAUAUAUUUGAGUAAAGUAUCAGCAGUCAAAGUAUUAUUUCGAGCGUUCGCAGAGUCAGUUUACACACGAUUUAUUUAUUCGUUUAAAUAAGAUGCUUGUAACUUCUUUUGAGGAAAUAAAUAGAACGUAAACCGUA